GCUGCAAAAGACUGUGGCGUGCAGGAGAGAGCGCAGCUCACAAGCUCCUGAGGGAAGCGGGCGAACGCGCACGGCUUCAGAAAGAGAAGGAGAGAAAGAGAGAAAGGUAACCCGAAGAGAGACUUUAGAGAGUUUUCCGACAGCGAAAAUGCCAGCCACAGAGAAAGACCUGGCCGACGACGCUCCAUGGAAGAAAAUCCAGCAGAACACAUUCACUCGCUGGUGCAACGAGCACCUGAAGUGCGUGAACAAGCGGAUAGCUGACCUGCAGCUCGACCUGAGCGAUGGCCUCCGGCUCAUAGCCCUGCUGGAGGUCCUGAGCCAGAAGAAAAUGUACAGAAAGUACCACCCGCGGCCCACCUUUCGACAGAUGAAGCUGGAGAACGUCUCGGUGGCUCUGGAGUUUUUGGACCGAGAGAACAUUCGCCUGGUUUCCAUAGACAGUAAAGCCAUUGUGGAUGGAAACCUGAAGCUGAUCCUGGGUCUGGUAUGGACACUUAUCCUGCACUACUCCAUCUCCAUGCCUGUGUGGGAGGAUGAGGACGAUGAAGAAGCCAAAAAGGCAACCCCCAAGCAGAGGCUGCUGGGCUGGAUCCAGAACAAAGUUCCUGACCUGCCCAUCAAUAACUUCAGCGAGGACUGGAAGGAUGGCAGGGCGCUGGGAGCCUUGGUGGACAGCUGUGCACCAGGAUUGUGUCCUGACUGGGAGACAUGGGACACAGAAAAGCCGGUGGAAAAUGCUACAGAAGCCAUGCAGCUGGCUGAUGACUGGCUUGGAAUCCCACAGGUGAUUGCUCCCGAAGAAAUCAUUGACCCUAAAGUCGAUGAGCAGUCUGUCAUGACAUACCUGUCGCAGUUCCCCAAGGCCAAACUCAAACCUGGAGCCCCCCUCAAACCCAAACUCAACCCUAAAAAGGCCCGUGCUUAUGGCCCAGGCAUUGAGCCAGUGGGCAACAGAGUGAUGCGUCCAGCUGUGUUCACAGUGGACACGUUCAGUGCAGGACAGGGGCACGUCACUGUCUACAUUGAGGACCCAGAGGGCAGAAGAGAGGAAGUGAAGGCUGUGCCAAAUGAAGGCAAAAAGACCUACAGUGUGACAUACAUUCCUCAAGUCAUGGGACCUCACAAGGUGACUGUGCUGUUUGCUGGCCAGCAAAUUCCAAAGAGCCCCUUCGAGGUGAAUGUUGACAAGGCUCAGGGAGACCCCACCAAGGUCACCGCCAAAGGCCCUGGCCUGGAGCCCCUGGGCAACAUUGCCAGCAAACCCACGUACUUCGACAUCUACACAGCAGGAGCUGGAGUGGGUGAUGUGACUGCAGUGAUUAAGGACCCACAGGGCAAUAAGAACACAGUGGAAGCCAUUAUGGAGGACAAGGGAGACAGCGUCUUCCGCUGCACCUACAAACCUGUUCAGGCUGGUCCCCAUACAGUCAACAUCACAUUUGGAGGCAUUGCGAUCCCCAAGAGCCCCUACACUGUCAACGUCGGCCCAGCAUCCACACCUGGUGCCUGCCGAGCUACAGGGAGAGGCCUGCAGCCCAGAGGAGUGAGGGUCCGUCAGGUUGCCGACUUCAAAGUGGACACCCGAAAUGCAGGAAGCGGUGAGCUGAAGGUCACAGUCAAGGGUCCCAAAGGGCUUGAUGAGCCAGUGAAGCUGAAAGAAGCGAUGGAUGGUGUGUAUGCUUAUGAGUACUACCCUAAUGGACAGGGCAAGUACACAGUCACCAUCACGUGGGGCGGCCAACACAUACCCAAGAGUCCCUUUGAGGUUCUGGUUGGCCCUGAAGCAGGACUGCAGACGAUCCGAGCAUGGGGCCCAGGUUUGGAGGGUGGCAUCGUGGGCAAGUCUGCCGACUUCGUGGCUGAAUCUGUUGGCUCAGACGUGGGAGUGCUCGGCUUCGCCAUUGAGGGCCCGUCCCAGGCCCGGAUCGAGUGUGAGGAUCAGAAUGAUGGCUCCUGUGAUGUGAAGUAUUGGCCAACAGAGCCUGGAGAGUAUGCCGUCCAUGUGAUGUGUGAUGACGAAGACAUUGAAGACAGUCCCUUCAUGGCCUACAUUAUCCCAGACAACAAAUCCAGCAACCCCAACCAGGUGAAAGCCUACGGACCAGGUUUAGAGAAGAGCGGUUGCAUUAUCAAUAAGCCUGCUGAGUUCACAGUCGAAGCCAAGGAUGCAGGAAAAGGUCCUCUGAAAAUCAUUGCGCAGAACUCUGAAGGCGAGCCCAUAGACGUGAAAGUGCGAAAUAAAGGAGAAAACAUCUACGCCUGCUCCUACACCCCCACCUCAGCCAUCAAACAUACGGUGGUGGUGACCUGGGGAGGUGUCAGUGUUCCCAACAGCCCUUUCAGGGUUCAAGUUGGGAAGGGAAGUCACCCUCACAAGGUGAAAGUGUUUGGCCCCGGAGUGGAGAGGACUGGCCUGAAAGCUCAUGAGCCGACACACUUCACAGUGGAUUGCACAGAGGCUGGAGAAGGUGAUGUCAGUAUUGGUAUCAAGUGUGAUGCCAAUGUCAUCAGCGAUAAGGAACAGGAUGUAGACUUUGACAUUAUUCCGAAUGCAAAUGACACCAUCACUGUCAAGUACAUCCCACCAGGGGCUGGACGUCUCACCAUCAAAGUCCUCUUCACAGAUCAAGAAAUUCCCAUCAGUCCAUUCCGUGUCAAGGUAGAACCUUCGCAUGAUGCAUCUAAGGUCAAAGCAGACGGGCCAGGACUCGCUCGAGCAGGUGUGGAAAGUGGGAAACCUACUCAUUUCACCGUUCAAACAAAAGGAGCAGGCAAAGCUCCACUGGACGUGCAGUUCUCUGGCCCUAACAAAGGACAGCCUGUCCAGGACUUUGAAAUCAUUGACAACUAUGACUAUUCCUACACUGUCAAGUACACUCCAAUCCAACAGGGUGAAAUGGUGAUAACAGUAACUUUUGGAGGUGACCCGAUCUCUAAAAGCCCCUUUGCUGUGGGAGUGGCAGCCCCGCUGGACCUCAGCAAGGUCCAAGUCAAUGGCUUGGAAAGCAGAGUGGAAGUCGGCCAAGAUCAGGAGUUCGCAGUCGGCACAAAGGGAGUAGGCGGUCAGGGUAAGCUAGAAGCCCGCAUCACCAGUCCAUCAGGCAAAUCCGUGCCAUGUGUAGUGGAGCCCCAGCUUGGCAAGGGUGCCAGCCUGGUGAAGUACGUCCCUAAAGAAGAGGGCGUCUACACUGUAGAUGUCCUUUAUGAUGGAAACCCAGUGCCUGGGAGCCCUUUCCCUGUGGACGCUAUGCUACCGCCAGAUCCAAGCAAGGUGAAAGCCUUUGGUCCAGGACUGAAAGGAGGCCUGGUUGGGAGCCCUGCUGAGUUCACCAUUGACACAAAGGGUGCUGGUACAGGUGGGCUUGGCCUGACUGUGGAGGGUCCCACAGAAGCCAAGAUCGAAUGCUCUGACAAUGGUGAUGGCACCUGCUCUGUGUCCUAUCUUCCAACUGAGCCUGGAGAAUACCUGGUCAAUAUUCUCUUUGAGGAUGUCCAUAUCCCUGGCUCUCCCUUCCAUGCUGACAUCCAGUAUCCUUUUGACCCCACCAAGGUAGUGGCCUCUGGGUCAGGUCUGAAGCGUGGUAAGGUGGGAGAGAUCAGCGUAGUGAACGUGGACUGUGUUAAAGCUGGGCCUGGACAGUUGACGCUGGAGGCGGUGUCCGACACGGGCUCCAAGGCCAAGACCGAAGUGCUGGACAACAAGGACGGCACUUACACGGUCACUUACGUGCCUCUGACGGCUGGCAUGUAUACACUGAUGUUGAAGUAUGGAGGAAAGGCUGUGCCCAGCUUCCCUGCCAAGGUGGUGGUUGAUCCGGCCGUCGACACCAGCAAGGUGAAGGUGUUCGGACCAGGAGUGGCAGGAGAUGCCAUCUUCAGGGAGGCUACCACUGACUUCACUGUGGAUGCUCGAGCUUUGACCAAAGUUGGAGGAAAGCACAUUAAGGCGCAAGUUAAGAACCCAUCAGGCGCUGCCACAGACUGCAUCAUUGCUGACCAGGGUGAUGGCACCUACAAAGUGGAGUACACGCCCUUUGAGAAUGGUGUUCAUGCUGUGGAGGUGCUGUAUGAUGAGACUCCUGUGCCCAAGAGUCCUUUCCAGGUUUCUGUGGGUGAGGGUUGUGAUCCUACCCGCGUUGUAGCUAAAGGCCCUGGCUUGGAGGAAGGUUUGACUGACAAACCUAACAAGUUCUCAAUCAUCACCAGAGGAGCUGGUAUUGGUGGCCUGGGUAUCACGGUUGAGGGUCCAUCAGAGUCAAAGAUGUCCUGCAAAGACAACAAAGAUGGCAGCUGCAAUGUGGAGUACACUCCUUAUGCUCCUGGACUUUAUGAUGUGAACAUUACAUAUGGAGGACAGCACAUUCCAGGAAGUCCGUUCAAGGUGCCAGUGAAGGAUGUGGUGGACUCCAGUAAGGUGAAACUAUCCGGGCCUGGAGUUGGUUCAGCCGUACGAGCCAAAAUCCCUCAGUCUUUCACUGUGGACUGCAGCAAGGCUGGGAUAGCACCUCUCUCUGUGGCUGUGACCGGACCUAAAGGUGUGGCUGAGCCUGUUGACAUAACAGACAAUGGAGAUGGAACACACACUGUAGCUUACACUCCUUCUGUGGAAGGGCCUUACUCAGUGGCAGUAAAGUACGCUGAUGAAGAGAUUCCACGCAGCCCCUUUAAGCUGCGCGUCCUGCCCACUCACGAUGCCAGUAAGGUUCGUGCUAGCGGUCCGGGUCUGACCACAGGCCUGCCCGCCAGCCUGCCUGUGGAGUUCACUAUCGAUGCCAAGGACGCAGGAGAGGGCCAACUGUCAGUCCAGAUCACGGACCAAGAUGGAAAACCGAAGAAAGCCAGCAUUCAGGACAACCAGGACGGGACUUACCAGGUGUCGUAUGUGCCAGACAAGGUGGGCCGCUACACUAUUGUGAUCAAGUACGGAGGCGACGAGAUCCCAACGUCUCCAUACAGAGUGCGAGCAACUACCACAGGAGAUGCUAGCAAGUGCACGGUCACUGGACCUGGCAUUGGGCCGACCAUCGGCAUUGGGGAGGAGGUGGGCUUUGUGGUGAACACUAAAGGUGCGGGGAAAGGGAAGGUGACCUGCAUCGUGGUCACCCCUGAUGGGACUGAGGUGGAGGCUGACGUCGUCGAAAAUGAGGAUGGGACCUUUGACAUCUUCUACACUGCACCUACGCCAGGCACUUACGUUAUCUAUGUUCGCUUCGGUGGAGAGAAUAUCCCACGCAGCCCCUUUAAAGUCAUGGCUACUGAUGAGGCUCCUCUGUUGCAGCAGCAGUCAGUCCAGCAGCAGCAGCAGCAAGCAGCUCCAGGCGCCGGCUUCCAGCCCUGGGUCACAGAUGGGGCGUACAUUCCAGUCAACAGUAUGAAUGGUGCCGGCUUCCGGCCUUUUGACAUGGUGAUUCCGUUUGCCUUCAGGAAGGGUGAAAUCACAGGAGAAGUUCACAUGCCCUCUGGCAAAACAGCCCAGCCUGAGAUCAUCGACAACAAGGAUGGAACGGUAACUGUGAAAUACGCCCCUACAGAAGCAGGCCUUCACGAGAUGCACAUCAAAUACAAUGGCACCCACAUACCAGAGAGUCCUCUGCAGUUCUAUGUCAACAAUUCUAAUAGCCCCAAUGUGACGGCACAUGGUCCUGGUCUUGUGUACGGUGUUGCUAACAAACCAGCCACUUUCACUAUCUACACUGAGGAUGCUGCAGAAGGUGGCCUUGACUUGGCCAUUGAAGGCCCAUCAAAGGCAGAGAUCAGUUGUGUUGACAAUAAGGAUGGCACCUGCACGGUCACAUACCUGCCUACACUGCCAGGAGAUUACAACAUCUUGGUGCGUUACAACGACAAACACAUAGCUGGCAGCCCCUUUACUGCUCGGAUCACAGAAGACAACAAGAGGAGGUCUCAUGUGAAACUGGGCUCUGCUGCAGACUUUGCUUUGGACAUCACUGAAACUGACCUCAGUUUGCUCACAGCCAGCAUUAAAGCCCCUUCAGGCCGUGACGAGCCCUGCCUGCUGAAGAGACAGCCUAACAAUCGCAUUGGUAUUUCUUUUAUCCCUCGAGAAGUUGGAGAGCACUUGGUCAGCAUUAAGAAGAAUGGACGCCAUGUUGCUAACAGCCCAAUCUCCAUCAUGGUGGUGCAGUCAGAGAUUGGAGAUGCCAGCAAGGUGAAAGUGUACGGACAGGGGCUGGUGGAAGGACGCACGUUUGAGAUGGCUGACUUUGUAGUGGACACGAGAGAUGCUGGUUAUGGAGGAUUGGCUCUGUCCAUCGAGGGGCCUAGUAAAGUGGACAUUCAGACAGAAGACAUGGACGAUGGAACCUGUGGUGUCUCCUAUUGUCCCACUGAGCCUGGUACCUACAUAGUGUCCAUCAAGUUUGCUGAGGAGCAUGUUCCUGGGAGUCCUUUCAGUGUGAAAGUAACGGGAGAAGGACGCAUUCGUGAGAGCAUCACCCAUCGCCAGAAAGCUGCCUCCGUUGCCACAGUUGGAAGUGUUUGCGACCUUAACCUAAAGAUUCCAGAGAUCGAUAUCCUUGACAUGUCCGCUCAGGUCACCAGCCCUUCAGGGACCACAGAGCCUGCUGAGAUUGUUGAAGCGGGCAACAACACCUACUGCGUGCGUUUCGUGCCCCGUGAGAUGGGCGUACACACUGUCAGUGUGAAGUACCGUGGGCAGCAUGUGCCAGGAAGCCCCUUCCAGUUCACGGUCGGGCCUCUGGGAGAAGUAGGAGCCCAUAAAGUGAGGGCAGGAGGCCCUGGGCUAGAGAGGGCAGAGAUAGGCGUACCAGCUGAGUUCAGUAUCUGGACACGUGAAGCUGGUGCUGGAGGUCUCACCAUCGCUGUGGAGGGCCCCAGUCGUGCAGAGAUCUCUUUUGAAGACAGGAAGGAUGGGUCCUGUGGUGUUUCCUAUGUGGCUCAUGAACCUGGCGACUACGAGGUUUCUGUGAAAUUCAAUGACGAGCACAUACCAGACAGCCCCUACCUGGUGCCUGUGUUGGCCCCCUCAGACGACGCACGCCGACUCACUGUUACCAGUCUUCAGGAGUCAGGCCUCAAGGUGAACCAGCCAGCUUCGUUUGCUGUGCGACUGAAUGGUGCUCAAGGUACCAUCGAUGCGAAAGUGCACAGUCCCUCUGGAGCUCUGGAAGAGUGUGUAGUUAAAGAACUGGAACAAGACAAGUACGCCAUUCGUUUUAUCCCACGAGAGAAUGGAAUCCACACCAUUGACGUGAAGUUCAACGGCACACACAUCCCAGGCAGUCCCUUCCAGGUGAGAGUGGGAGAACCAGGACAGGGUGGAGAUGCCGGACUCGUUACUGCCUAUGGCGCAGGUCUGGAGAGAGGAACCACAGGCAACCAGUCAGAUUUCAUCAUCAACACCACCAAAGCCGGGCCAGGCUCUCUGGCUGUGACUAUUGAGGGGCCCUCAAAGGUGAAGAUGGAGUGCCAGGAGUGCCCUGAGGGCUUUAAAGUACAGUACACGCCACUGGCCCCUGGAAACUACCUGAUCAGCGUUAAAUAUGGGGGCCCUAACCACAUCACUGGCAGCCCCUUCAAGGCCAAAGUCACGGGUCAGCGGCUUGUGAACGUGACUAAUGCCAGCGAGACGUCCACUCUGAUGGUAGAUCCUGUGCUCAGAGCCAGCAGCGCAAACUCCUACAGUGCCCUGCCCAGGGCUGCCUCCGAUGCCAGCAAAGUGACCAGUCGAGGCCCAGGCCUUAGCAAAGCCUACGUGGGCCAGAGAGCCAGCUUCUCUGUGGACUGCAGCAAAGCAGGGAAGAACAUGCUUCUGGUAGGAGUUCAUGGACCUCAAACACCUUGCGAGGAAAUCCUGGUGAAACACUUGGGCAAUCUGCAGUACAACGUCAGCUACAUCCUGAAGGAGCGGGGCAGCUAUGUGCUGGCAGUGAAGUGGGGCGAAGACCAUAUCCCAGGCUCACCUUUCCAUGUUACUGUCCCAUAAGUCCACGAAGCAAAUAAACCUUCCUUCUGAGAGAGACUUUUGGGAAAUGGAACAGAAACAGCCAAAUCACACUAAUAUUUAAAUUAAGCCCAAUAUGGAUAAAGAAAAUUGCACUUGAUUGUAUUUUAUGUGACAUGCUUUGGCUGUGUUCAAAUCGUAUGUCAUUUAUAUUUGUUGUUUUCUCACCAUAUUCUGACGAGUUUGAGGUUUGUCUCCAACUUUGAACUCAAGGGACACAAAAAAGUAUUUUGAAAAAAAGUGUAGAUCUAAAAUGUGUCAGUUGAAGAGGGAGCGCCCCUUUCCUUUUAAAUAUCCUUUACUACUGAUGCUGUUUUGUCUGUUUGCUAAUAUUUUCAUCUAGUUUUAAUGCACAUUGUUGUGAUAUUUCCAUUGCUGUUAUUUUUUUUUAUUCUAACUGCUGCAUAUUGGACUACUGUGAUGUUUACAUGCUCAGAAAUUAGAUCAGACUGCACAGUAGCAAAGCCAAUCAGUUAUCUGUUGGAACACUUUAGGCUUUCCACACUUGCAACUUAUUUCUGUUUUGCUUGGGAUGUGAUAUCCAAACUGUUUCAUGAUCCAACUGACAGUUAAUCAGAAAUAUACUGUAAAAUGAAUGGAGUGAAACAUGUUAAUCCAUGCAAUUGUAUCCUGUAACUUAGAAGAAAUGCACUUGAUUUUGACAAACAACAACCCUUAACAGUGGUCCACUGUAUGUAAGUCUUAGAGGUUUAGGAAUUGCAGUGUUUGUUUAAUGCUGUUCUUUUUUUUUACCUAGCAUUUAAACUUUAAACUGACAUUCUAGCCAGUUACCCCAAACACACACAUUCCUAGUGUAAUCUGCUGUUGUGAUAUCGAAAGAGAUUACCGCUGCAUCUUCACACUUUACAGCAAUUGUGACCGUAUAGUGACCGUUUUGGGAGUUUUUGUGUAUACUGGCAUUCAUGUUUGUCUUAUAUUGCUCAAUUAUUAUAGUUUUGAUAAAGUUAAAAGUAUUUUGUUAUUGUUUUGAAAGCGGGGGUGGGGGGGUGGUACUAUUUGCAUUUUGUAUUAGCCCAGGGUGCCUUAAUGUGAAAUAUACAGUUAGAAAUGAUGUAAAUUUGAUAAUUAAAAAAAACUGGAAUAAAGAUAUGAAACAUUGCA